AACGGAAGCCUGUCGUGUGUACUUCCUGCUUUCGCAUCAGAGAAACUGAGUUUGACAGGGAAGAGUGAAUUUUCAUAAGUUAUUCCUUCUGUCGCGGAUCUGUCUGAGCUGAGAAAAAUUCCGGAACACACUGAAAACAUCAGCGCUGCCGAUGGUGACCUCGGACAUGAGGGAGGUGAGAGUGAGGAAGAGCUACGGGCCCAAACUUCGGCGGUAGCAUCAGCUGUCGUGGCAAGCCAGAGCGCCACGUCACUGAACUAACCCGUGGAGACCAAGCUGAAAGAGAGGGACCGGACUGGCCAUAUUAUAUUCAGUAUUUAAGUUAAAGAUAGCAGACGCUGACCAUUUCUCCUUCAUCAUUCGGAUAUAAAAGUUGUAACCCACUGAGAGCAAAAAUGACGUCGUCUAACUGGGGUUUAAUCAUGAACGUUGUGAACAGCAUUGUGGGUGUCAGUGUGCUGACCAUGCCCUUCUGCUUCAAACAGUGUGGUAUAGUAUUAGGCACUCUGCUGCUUUUCUUCUGCUCCUGGAUGACCCACCAGUCCUGUAUGUUCCUGGUCCACACAGCCAGUAACACCAAGCGCAGGACGUACGCCGGACUGGCUUUUCAUGCUUUUGGUAAACCAGGGAAGGCUCUUGUUGAAUUAAGUAUGAUAGGCUUAAUGCUGGGAACAUGUAUUGCCUUCUAUGUCGUCAUUGCAGACCUGGGGUCCAACUUCUUUGCUCAGCUAUUAGGUUUAAAGGUAACGGGCAGUUUCCGUGUCGUGUUGCUGAUUGCAGUGUCGCUGUUCAUUGUGCUACCUCUGAGUCUGCAGAGGAACAUGAUGUCAUCUAUCCAGUCAUUUUCAGCCAUGGCACUGAUUUUUUACACCCUCUUCAUGUUCACGAUGGUGCUCUCCUCCUUCAAACACGGCCUCCUCAGUGGCCUGUGGCUCAGCAGGGUCAUUUACGUACGCUGGGACGGCGUCUUUCGCUGCAUCCCUAUCUGUGGCAUGGCAUUCGCCUGUCAGUCGCAGGUGCUGCCAACAUAUGACAGCCUGGAUGAGCCCUCAGUCAAGAGAAUGAGCACCAUCUUUACCUCUUCUCUCAACGUUGUCACCACCUUCUACAUCACUGUGGGAUUCUUUGGCUAUGUGAGUUUUACAGACACGAUAGCUGGAAACGUGUUGAUGAAUUUCCCCUCCAACCUGGUGACAGAGAUGAUCCGAGUGGGCUUCAUGAUGUCUGUGGCGGUCGGCUUCCCCAUGAUGAUCCUGCCCUGCAGACAGGCUAUCAACACCAUGCUGUUUGAGCAGCAGCAAAAGGAUGGCACGUUUGCUGCUGGUGGAUACAUGCCACCCCUUCGCUUCAAGAGCAUUACACUCUGCAUCGUCUUCGGCACUAUGUUAGGGGGUAUCUUAAUCCCAAAUGUGGAGACUAUCCUGGGUCUGACAGGAGCCACAAUGGGCAGCCUGAUCUGUUUUAUCUGUCCUGCUCUCAUCUACAGGAAAAUCAUGAAGAACGGGCUUAUAGCUCAGCUAGUUUUGUGGGUUGGCCUUGGGAUUCUGCUCUUGAGCACCUUCACCACUUUGUCCAUCUCCAGUGAGACGACACAACCAGGUCCACCUGCUGUACCCCCCAAAACAAUCGACAAACAGCCUGGCUUUGCUGUGAAAGAGCUGCCCAAACAUCUUGCUGAAGAAAGCCCAGUGGCUCCAGUGCCAGCAGAAAGACUGGACAAACUAAAUCCUGCUGUGGACCAGGUCCCACUCGCAGGGCGAGAGUUGGGCCCAGAGGAGAAGGGCCCGGCUGAGCAACCACAGAUUAAAGGGCCUAUAGAAGUGGAAAAGAAAGAAGCGGUACAGUUGGAGCGGCCUGAAGCAGAAGUUGCAGUGCCUGAUGGAGAGGCCCAUCGCCAUGAACCACCUGUCCCUCAUGAUGAAGUAAAGACAGACGAGCGUAAGAACAAGCAGGAGCUUGAGGAAGAAAAGAACCAGCCUGUUAUAGAGGAACAGGAGAAGUUAGCCCAGCAGGAAGCCGGGCAGGUACCAGAGAUCCCACAAGAGAAGGCAGAGGUGGUGCCUAAAAAGCAGGAAGGUGUAGAGCACCGUUUGGCCAAGGAUGUGGUUGAUGAGGCUAAAGAGAUUGUAGAGGAAGAACAGAAGCAGCCGGACCCAGUGGUGGUGCGAAAGGACUUAAAAGAUCCAUCUUUAGUGAAGGAACAACAAGCUAAGAAUGAAGCAGCUGCUGAUAUGAAAUCAGAAGAGACCGUUAAAAAAGCAGUUGAACCUGAGCCGGGAAACAAGCCUGUGGCUGGGGUCCCUGUGCCUGAGGUGCAUGAUAUGGCUCUUGAUCAAGAGCAUAAAGAGGAGAAGAGCCAGGAUGGGAAGGAUGGAGACGGAGACAAGAUGGAGGUGAUUAAAAAGAUUGUUGCAGAGGGGGUGCUCGACCAUGCCGUGUUGCUGCAGGUGAUCAAGGAGCAACAAGAGCAGCAGAAGAGGCUGCUGGACCAGCAGGAGAAACUUCUGGCUGUGAUUGAGGAGCAACACAAAGAGAUUCAUCAGAAGAAGGAGGAAGAGGAUGAACCCAAAGCUCCUGGAGCUGAGGCUGCAGCAGAAGUGGGUAAAGGUGUGCAGCAGCAGCCUGAUCUAAUGGAGGGAGCAGGGAAAGUGAAAGCUCCAGAACCAGGCUCAGAGCACCAUCAGAAACUUGCACAUGUCCAAGAACAGCAAGCUCCUGGUGGGAAAAAUGCAGCAGAGGAGCUCGACAAACCUGCUCAACACAACCCAGCACAAGAUGACGCUGUGGUGAAUCAAAAGCAGGAGAAGCAACCUCCCCAAGGAGUGCACAAUGUGGGUGUUGGAGAAGCACUGCCUGUAGAUGGAGACUCGCAGAAAGAGCUGGGUGCGAGAGGGGUUCCACUGCGCCAACAUGAGCCUGACCCUGCCAAAGAUAAACUAGAAAAGCCCAAAGAUGACCUGGAGCAGCUAAAGCCUGAAGAUAUUGCAGCAGAAGAGGAGAGAGUAAGACAGAGGCUUGCCCAGCUGGAAGCUGAGAAAGAGAGGAUAGAGAAAGAAAGGCUGGAGAAGGAGAAGAUUGAGAAGGAAGUGCAGGCCAGAGUGGAGAGAGAACGGAAGGAGAGGGAGAGACAAAUGAAGCUGGCACAAGAGCAAGAGCUGGAACGUGCUCGCCAAGAGAGAGCGCAGUUAGAGAAAGAGAGACUGGAAGCAGAGAGACUACAGAAAGAGAAGGAGAAGACUGAUAACGAGCUUGUAAAACUGGCUGAGAAGGAGCAGAAGAUGCAAGAGCAGAUGGAGAAAUUGGCCCAGAUGCAGCAGGUGAUCGACGGUAAGCAAGAUGCCAAUCAGAAUGAGGUCAAGGCUAAACAGGGACAUGCGCCUGAACCUCUGAAGAAAGGGGGCAGGGACCUGAAGGAAAAUUUAGUUCCUGAAGGACAAGAGCCUCAGAAAGAUAAGAAGAGCAGAGAAGAGGGAGACACAGACCUGAGGAGGAGGCGCAGGGCGCUAGGGGCUGAGGAGAGAGGGGUGCCGGGACUCGAGCCCUUGCUGGAGCUGGGAGGGUCAGACCUCCAUGCAGCACUAGAGGGUCAGCUGUUGGCUGGAGCUGUUGUCCAAUCCCGCCAGAUUAAACAGACUCCACAGAGCCAAAACACUGAAUAGGAGGAAUACAAAUAAUGUCUUAAGCACAGAUACAUGCACAUGUAAACACACAGAGACUUCUUUGGUCCAGUUUUUUCCAGUUUUCGGACCCAUUAUAUCUCUCCAUCUUUGUCUCGUAGUAAAAUACUUUUUUUCCCUCCAAAGAUACAAAUCUUUCAUCAACAGUUCCCAGUGCAAUAUUAAAAUGUAUACAGUAAGUUAAACUUAGUUCAAGACUGAAAGGUAUUGUCAGUGGAGCAUGCCCACUAAAGGAUUUACUCCACAGCCAGGCAGAGGUGGAACUUUCUUAGUAAUUAUACUUUUCAAGGGUUCUGUCUGUGCUUUACUUUAGUAGGUCUGCUUGUGUUAAUUUAAAAGUGAAAUCUGAAUUUUUACUUACAUUUACACACAUUCUCUGAUACACAUUUUACAGAAAAAGAAAACAGCCCUACAAUAAUAUUUUGCUCACUUACUCCAACAUAAAUGGACAUACUGAGGAUUCCUGUUUACGUGGACCUCAGAAGUCAUGUCAUCAUUCUGCAGUCAGUGUCCUGCCCAUAUACGGUAGUUUUUCUCUAUGGGACAAAUCAAUGGCAUGUGCCCUUUGGUAAACAGUAAUGUUCCUGACUCAGUACGUUUUGCCAAACAUACAUUUAUCCUGUGAAUGUCACUUGAUCCUCUAAAUUACAAGAUCAUUAAAGAGUCGAAAGAUGACUAUUACAACAUCCAAACUAACACUGCUGUGCAUUGAACUGACAUCAUGCAUAAGACUGGCAACCUCUCAAAAAAAUACCCCACACAACCAUUAAGUGGGAGCUGUACAUGAGACAAGAGGUAUCAGGUUUUGAACAUAUUUCUUUACCACAAGAUGCCUUGACUCAGUGUUCCUAAUACAGGCAUGACUCUGACUAGACAGAGGUCUAUUAUCUUUUGUGGAGUAACAAAUCUGUGUUUUUCCAAAACAACAUUUUUAUGGUAAAUGACACCAAGUGGGUAUUUGUGUCAGGGCCUGUGUUUUGAUACUUUUGACAUUGCUGAUUAUAUACCAGUUCUUGGUACUUGUAUACUCUACGUUCAUCCUAAAUAAUAACCUUGGGUCACAUUGUCUUGAAGUUAAGAGACUUUGGAUAUGAAAGAGGAAUGAAUCACAGAGAUAUCCAGCAGCUUGGGGUCAGAUGAGAGUCAUAAACUAAGCAUUUCAGCAAACCUUCUGAUAAACAUGCUUAGUUUUACAUUUAGUGGUAGAGGGUCACUUUGACACAUGAGAAAUUUUAAGAACAUCUACCACCAUCUCAACUAGGCUUUGUAGCUGUCGGCAAAAGCAUCCAGUACAUAUACACCUAUGCUUUCUUCUGCUUCUGUGCAGCAGACGUUCUGCACUAGACUAAGUCAUGUCCUAGAACAGCCCAGUGGUUGCGGGAACAUUAUUACACUCUUACUGUAAAGGUUGGGAUGUAUGUUCAGUAGUAUAUUCCAUCCAGUUGCCUUUAUUUCCUCCAAAGAUUUGAAUCCAUCAUUGUUGCAUUAUUUAUAUGAGGUCAGGACUUGUUACUUGUUACAAAUGUAUGUAAAACAUUCUCUGAAGUGAGAUAUAACUGAGUGCUGGAGUUGACUGUUUAUAAUCCAUAUACAUUUGAUUACUGGACCUAACACUGUAAAAACACCUAAGUUGCCAGCUUUACCCUGUUUAAGUAAGUUGUUUUGUGGAGAUGGUGAGCUUGCUUUGAACCUAAGAGUCAUGUGAAAGGCAGUAUUUGGAAGGCUGCAAAACAAAAAGUAAAGGGGUUUCCUCAUAUGCUGCCUCUUACAGCACUCCGUUCAAUUGUGGCUCCAACAUUAUGGACAUUAAUGUGCACACAGAUGAGGGCUUAUAACUUUAAAGGAGAUCAGCCUACAUGAGGUGCCUGGGUCUUAAUUACACAGCUUGAAUAAAAUUGUUUUCAAAUGCUUGGAGCACUUUGCGAAUGUUCCUUUAAUAGAAGGUUAUACAAACAUAAAUGUUACAUUACAAAAAAAUGUCAGUGAAGUUUUAUGAAAUUCUAUUUUUGUAGACCUGAAUGUUUUAUAAUUUAUUUUUCUCCUUUUCAGGAUGGCUGUGCUCAGUACAAAUCAGCUUUCCCAACUGUCAGUAGUUAUUUUGCUAGUUAUAAAUAUUGUAAUGUAAAUGUCCAACAAAUAUAAAGCUAGUGUAUCUUUAUUCUUGCUGAACAGAGUUUGUCAUUUGAUGUUUAAGUUUGUUUCUUAUUACAAAAUGUAUUUUUUCCUGUGUUGGUGUUUUUUGUUCACAAGACCUGAAAGAUACUGUGAGGACUUUUUUUCUAUAGGCAGAGGUUGAAAUUGGACCAUUUUAACAAAUACAAUUUCCAUUUUGUUUGGGUUUAAUCAGAAGUGCUCAAAAAGUGUGCAGUAUAUUUCAUGGUCUGGUUCUACAUUCCUUGUUCUUAUCUACAAAUGUUUCAUGUUCCCAGUGCCUUGUGGGUCUGUCACACCCACACUGAGUGUUCUUGCUCCUCCAGGCUAUGCCUCCUAUAACUUGUGGUUUUAUUCCUUCACUGAGUGUACUCUGAGUGACCCCAGUGUGAUUUAAAUGCGAGUAUUUUUGUUUAGUCUGCUUCAGUCACUCUGUUUUAACUCUUCUACCCGUUGUCUAUUUAUCAAACCUGAUCUUUUAGAUACCUGCAGGAGUUUUGAUAAGGACAGCAUGUGUUUGGAUGCUCGACUAAGCAAGACUUUUGUUUUGUGGAGGAUAUAAAUGACAUUUUUCACUCAAGCAACCUUCGAGUGGAAAUAUUGUUUACCACAUCCCACGUGUUUCAGGAAUAAAGUUCUGUGUAAAUAA